AUGCCCUUCGCCCACGGGGCCGCCUGUGCCCCGCCGCGCCCCCGCCGGCACGGGCGGGUGCCCGAGCCGUGCCCGCAGGCCCCGCUGGCCGUGCUCUCCAAGGUGGAGCUGCGGGUCAGCUGUAAACACCUCCUGGACAGAGACACCCUCAACAAGUCGGACCCCUGUGUCCUGCUGCUGAUGCAGUCCCAGGGCCAGUGGAUGGAGGUGGAUCGCAGCGAGGUGAUCAAGAGCAACCUGAACCCCGUGUUUGCCAAGAUCUUCACGGUCGAUUACUACUUCGAGGAGGUGCAGAAGCUGCGCUUCGAGGUGUACGACAGCCACGGCCAGGCCGGCGUGGGCACGCACGACGACGACUUCCUGGGGGGCAUGGAGUGCACCGUGGGCCAGAUCGUGGCGCAGAAACGGGUGACGAAGCCGCUGUUCCUCAAGUACGGGAAGUUCGCGGGCAAGUCCACGAUCACGAUCAUCUCGGAGGAGAUCUCGGGGAACAACGGCUACGUGGAGCUCGCCUUCCGUGCCAAGAAACUGGACGACAAGGACCUGUUCAGCAAGUCAGAUCCCUUCCUGGAGAUUUACCGCAUCGACGACGACCGCAGCGAGCAGCUGGUGUACCGCACCGAGGUGGUGAAGAACAACCUCAGCCCCAUCUGGGAGCCCUUCAAAGUCUCCCUCAACUCGCUCUGCAGCUGUGAGGAGAAGAGGAAGCUGAGGUGUGUGGUGUGGGACUACGACUCGCGGGGCAAGCACGACUUCAUCGGGGAGUUCUUCACCACCUUCGAGGAGAUGCAGAAGGCCAUGGGGGAGAACAAGGUGCAGUGGGACUGCAUGAACCCCAAGUACAAGAUCAAGAAGCGCAACUACAAGAAUUCGGGGGUCGUGGUGCUGCUGGACCUGAAGAUCCACAGGGUUUACUCCUUCCUGGAUUACAUCAUGGGCGGCUGCCAGAUCCAUUUCACGGUGGCCAUCGACUUCACGGCCUCCAACGGGGACCCCCGCAACAGCUGCUCCCUGCACUACAUCAACCCCUACCAGCCCAACGAGUACCUCAAGGCUCUGGUGGCUGUGGGGGAGAUCUGCCAGGACUACGACAGCGAUAAGAAAUUCUCAGCUCUGGGCUUUGGUGCCAGGAUCCCCCCCAAGUACGAGGUCUCCCACGACUUCGCCAUCAACUUCAACCCCGACAACGAUGAGUGUGAGGGCAUCCAGGGUGUCGUGGAGUCCUACCAGAGCUGCCUGCCCAAAAUCCAGCUCUACGGCCCCACCAACGUGGCUCCCAUCAUCUCCAAGGUGGCUCGAGUGGCAGCUGAUGAGGAGAGGACCAAGGAGGCCUCGCAAUACUUCAUCCUGCUGAUCCUGACCGACGGCGUGGUGACGGACAUGGCGGACACGCGGGAGGCCAUCGUCCGCGCCUCCUACCUGCCCAUGUCCAUCAUCAUCGUCGGCGUGGGCAACGCCGACUUCACGGACAUGCAGAUCCUGGACGGGGACGACGGCGUGCUGCGCUCCCCCAAGGGCGAGCCCGUGCUGCGCGACAUCGUCCAGUUCGUGCCCUUCCGCGAGUUCAAGAACGCGUCACCCACAGCCCUGGCCAAGUGCGUGCUGGCGGAGGUGCCCAAGCAGGUGGUGGAGUACUACAGCUACAAGGCCUUCCCGCCGCGCUGCCCCCGGCCCCCCACGCCCGAGCCCAGCCUCGGCUCCCCGCAGUGA